CUAAUUACCACUGCCCAAGUACAACGCGGUAUCUGAAAUGAGGAUCAUCCAUCCGUGUCAUUGUUUAUUAAGUUCCCAUCUGAUCUGAUUCUGAAGACACAAGUAAAGUGUGAGUACAUACUAUAUUCCCUUCCCAGAUUUCCAAGUUGCCAUUUCCCAAUGCUGAUGACAGACAAUUAAUAAGAGGAGUUGGCGCCACAACAAACAAACAAACCCGGUCACCAGUCGCUCUUCUCUACUACUUGCAUUUAGUCUUCCACGCGAACCAAAGAAGUCGAAGGAGCAUACAAAGCAGAAGAAGAUGCACUUGAGCGAGAACGAAGGCAUAGAGGGAAAUACGUUCGUGGUAACGGGCGGGCUCGGAUUCGUGGGCUCUGCUCUCUGCUCAGAGCUUAUAAGGAGGGGAGCUCAACAGGUUCGAUCUCUUGAUCCUCGACUAACUUCUCCCUGGUCCGACGAUCUCAACAAGAUUGGAGUUCACUGCAUCCAAGGGGAUGUUAGCCAGAAAAAAGAUGUUGAAAGAGCCCUACGUGGAGCAGAUUGUGUUUUUCACCUUGCCUCUUAUGGCAUGUCAGGGAAAGAAAUGCUUCAAGUUGGACGUGUUGAUGAGGUGAAUAUAAAUGGAACAUGCCAUGUAUUGGAUGCAUGCCUUGAGUUUGGAAUCAGGAGACUUGUCUAUGUGAGCACUUACAAUGUUGUGUUUGGGGGAAAGGAGAUUCUUAAUGGCAAUGAAGCCUUGCCUUAUUUGCCCAUUGAUGAUCAUGUUGAUCCAUAUGGCCGUAGUAAAACAGUUGCUGAACAGUUGGUAUUGAAGAGCAACGGUCGUCCUUCCAAGAAGAAGAAUGGGACCCAUCUUUACACUUGUGCAAUUCGUCCUGCUGCUAUCUAUGGACCGGGUGAAGAGAGGCACCUUCCCAGGAUAAUUUCUCUUGCAAAGUUGGGUCUUUCGACAUUCAAAAUUGGUGAAUCAAAUGUGAAGACCGACUGGGUUUAUGUGGACAAUCUUGUUCUUGCUCUUAUAUUAGCUAGCAUGGGACUCUUGGAUGACAUCCCUGGGAAAGGACACCCUAUAGCUGCUGGACAACCAUACUUCAUUUCUGAUGGUUCUCCUGUCAACACAUUUGAAUUUAUCCAUCCACUUCUUAGAAGCCUGGGGUAUGACUUGCCAAAAGCUACACUAGAUGUUCGGCAUGCUCUUUUCAUUGGACGUCUUUUUUCUGCUAUCUAUACUUUCUUAUAUCCAUGGUUGAACCGGUCCUGGCUUCCACAGCCAUUAAUCCUUCCUGCUGAAGUAUACAAGGUUGGAAUCACCCAUUUCUUCUCUUUCCUAAAAGCAAAAGAGGAACUUGGGUACAUUCCUAUGGUGAGUCCCCAAGAGGGCAUGGCCAUGACCAUCUCAUACUGGCAAGAGAAGAAGAGGAAAGAUCUAGAUGGGCCUACCAUAUAUGCCUGGCUCUUCUGUGUGAUAGGAAUGACUGCAUUGUUCUCUGCUGCUUGGUUGCCAGACUUUGGGCCUGUGGAAUUCAUAAGAUCCAUUUCCCUUUUCUUCUUUCGGUCAAUGUUGAUGGUACGCUUGGUGUUCCUUUUGGCUGCCAUGGUUCAUGUAGGUGAAGCAACAUAUGCAUGGUACUUGGCAAAGAUGGUGGACCCUGCAAAUGUAAGUGGAUGGUUUUGGCAGACAUUUGCCCUUGGAAUGUUUUCACUGCGUUUCCUGCUUAAGAGGGCAAGGAUGAAGAAACUAAGAUGAGUUUUCCCUUUGUGAAUUGUUAGUGGUAUGUAUUUAGCUAAUAAUACAUGUAUUAGAUUUGAGUGAGAAAUGAAGUACAAUACACAUAGUUGUUUACAUUUUCUUAUCCUGAGCCAAGUCACAUAGGGGAAUGCUGGUCUGAAAAAACCGAAGCAAUACUGAUUUUGUAAUGGUGCUCUUAAUAGCUUAAUGAAUGUGAUAAUAACAUGGUCUGAAUUUAGGCUGUA